AUGGGAGAAAUAGGAGAUGAUUCAAAAACUCUUAGGGAGUUGUUCUCACCCAUAACCACCAACCCUCCAUCUUGCAUAAUAUUGCUUGCAACCACUGCUGCACAUUUUGAGUUGAAGCCACAAAUAAUCCACCUUUUUCCUACUUUUCAUGGAUUGGAUAGAGAAGAUCCUUAUAUACAUGUGAAGGAUUUUCUUGAGAUUUGUGCUACUUGUAAGUUUCAGAAUUUCACUGAUGACUCUAUUCGCUUGUGUUUAUUCCCUUUUUCCUUGAAGGAUAAGGCAAAAGCAUGGUUUAAUUCUUUGUCACCUGGAUCUAUGACUUCAUGGGAACUGUUGGUCACAAAAUUCCUCUCCAAAUUUUUCCCAAUGGCCAAGACCAAUGCUUUGAGGAGAGAAAUUGCAGAUUUUUAUCGGGAUGAACAAGAGAAAUUUUAUGAGAGUUGGGAGAGAUUUAAGGACUUGAUCUUAAAGUGUCCUCAUCAUGGUUUUGAAACAUGGAGACUAGUACAAUAUUUUUAUAAUGGUUUGACUCAAACAAAUCGUAACAUGAUUGAGUCCAUGAAUGGUGAUGGAUUUUUGAGUCUUAGGGAUGAUGAGGCAUACAAAUUUCUUGAGAAUCUAUCAGAAAGCUCACAACAAUGGGAUUUUUCCAAUCGUAGAGAGAGAUCUGCCUCUACAAUUAAGAAAGGAGGAUUGUAUGAAGUCAGUGAAGAUUUAGACAUAAAAGCUAGGUUGGAAAAUCUCACUCGUAAGGUUGAAGCUUUAGCUUUAGGUAGAGGGAUGAAUUCUGUCAAUAAAGUUCAAAGUGAAACAUGCUCUAUUUGUGCAAGUCUUAUGCAUACAACACAAAUGUGUCCCUCCAUAGCUGGUUACCCUGAUUUUUAUACUGAGCAAAGAAAUGCACUAAAUAAUUAUGGAAAACCACUUGCUAGUCCAUUUUCGGAGACAUACAAUCCAAAUUGGCAAAUUCAUCCUAAUCUCUCUUGGAGGCAGAACCAUUCCCCCACAAAUAUAGGUGGACAACAAGUGCAUCAACAAAGUCAAUUUCGUCCACCUACUCAAACAUUUCCUCCCAUUCCUCAAUCAACUCCUCAGUUUAUGGCACCACCAAGACCACAAUCAUCUUUGGAGGAGUCUCUCAAAACUUUCAUUCAAUCAACUAGCCAAGCCAUUCAAGAGAUAAAAAGUUCCACCCAUUUGAAUACUCAAGCUAUUUUGAAGUUGGAAAACCAAGUUGGCCAGUUAGCAACCCAAGUUGGAGAGAGGGAAAAAGGAAAGUUUCCUAAUCAACCUAUACCUAACCCAAAAGGGCAGUAUGCAAUUAAUGGUUCUUCUAGUUCUACUCAUGCACAUGAAUCUGUUUAG